GGAACAGAGACAAACGGAGAGCUGAGCCUGGUCUGCUUGACGUCCAGGGCUCGACUGCCAAGUCAGGGAAUAAUGGUGGGAAUCGGAAUCUGGCUUCGGUGGAUGGGAGGAAUCAGGAACAGAAUCCAGGUGAGACCUAGGGCAGGUGCUGCGUGAGUAGAGAGGAGGACCGAUAAGGAGGUAGGAUUUUAUGGACAGGACCUGGUGAGUGACUGCAUGUGGGGCAGUGGCAGGAUCAAGGGUAGCUCCCAGGCUUGUAACCAGAAUGUGAGCAAAGAACAUUCAGAAGAAGCACGUGUGAGGCCUCGCCUCAGACAUGAGCCGGGGUUGAGGAGGCCGCCAGGAAGCUCGCUGCCGAGACCGGGCCUGUGGGAUCCUGUUAAGGGUGCAGAGCAGUAAGGAGACUCUUCUUCCAUGACGGGCACCCAGCCACUGCUGGAUGAUGCUCAAGGCAGCGGCUGGGUGGAAGAGGUGACCCCAGAACUUCUCCCCACGCAGGGUUCUCCUGUUCUCCAGGGACCCACCGCCUUUCCUGGGCCAAGGGCCAGCUUCACCCCCCACACAGGGCAUGGACCCGAGGGGAGAGGACAAACAGCCCACGCACCGCCCACAGGAAAGGAAAACCACACUUGGCUUCUUCCCACAAAUCUCAAGCACCAGAUCAAGAGGCAGGAACCCAGUGGGCAACCUCGGCUUGGCCAAGAAGUGCUGCUGGGGGGUGAAGAGGAUGAGCCUGGGGCCAAGGUGAUUGAGGAGUUCUACAACCAGACGUGGAUCCACCGCUAUGGGGAGCGCAUCUUGCCCAGCACACUGACCACGCUCUGGUCCCUCUCUGUGGCCAUCUUCUCCGUGGGGGGCAUGAUUGGCUCCUUCUCUGUGGGCCUUUUCGUUAACCGUUUUGGCCGGCGGAAUUCAAUGCUGAUGAUGAACCUGCUGGCCUUUGUGUCCGCUGUGCUCAUGGGCUUCUCAAAACUGGCCAAGUCCUUUGAGAUGCUGAUCCUCGGCCGCUUCGUCAUUGGUGUAUACUGCGGCCUGACCACUGGCUUUGUGCCCAUGUACGUGGGGGAGGUGUCCCCCACGGACCUUCGCGGGGCCCUGGGUACCCUGCACCAGCUGGGCAUCGUCGUCGGCAUCCUCAUCGCCCAGGUGUUUGGCCUGGACUCCAUCAUGGGCAACCAGGACCUGUGGCCCCUGCUGCUGAGCGUCAUCUUCAUCCCAGCCCUGCUGCAGUGCAUUCUGCUGCCCUUCUGCCCUGAGAGCCCCCGCUUCCUGCUCAUCAACCGCAACGAGGAGAACCGGGCCAAGAGCGUGCUGAAGAAGCUGCGCGGGACCUCGGAUGUGACCCGCGACCUGCAGGAGAUGAAGGAGGAGAGCCGGCAGAUGAUGCGGGAGAAGAAGGUCACCAUCCUGGAGCUGUUCCGCUCGACCGCCUACCGUCAGCCCAUCCUCAUUGCCGUGGUGCUGCAGCUGUCCCAGCAGCUGUCUGGCAUCAAUGCUGUUUUCUAUUACUCCACAAGCAUCUUCGAGAAGGCGGGGGUGCAGCAGCCUGUGUAUGCCACCAUCGGCUCCGGCAUCGUCAACACAGCCUUCACUGUCGUGUCGCUGUUUGUGGUGGAACGAGCUGGCCGGCGGACGCUGCACCUCAUAGGCCUGGCCGGUAUGGCAGGCUGUGCGGUGCUCAUGACCAUCGCGCUGGCGCUGCUGGAGCGGCUGCCCUGGAUGUCCUACCUGAGCAUCGUGGCCAUCUUUGGCUUCGUGGCCUUCUUCGAAGUGGGCCCCGGCCCCAUCCCAUGGUUCAUUGUGGCUGAACUCUUCAGCCAGGGCCCUCGUCCAGCUGCCAUUGCUGUCGCUGGCUUCUCCAACUGGACCUCAAAUUUCAUUGUGGGCAUGUGCUUCCAGUAUGUGGAGCAACUGUGUGGUCCCUAUGUCUUCAUCAUCUUCACCGUGCUCCUGGUUCUGUUCUUCAUCUUCACCUACUUCAAAGUUCCCGAGACGAAAGGCAGGACCUUCGAUGAGAUUGCUUCCGGCUUCCGGCAGGGGGGAGCGAGCCAAAGUGACAAGACACCCGAGGAGCUGUUCCACCCCCUGGGAGCUGAUUCACAAGUGUGAGGUGCCCCACACCACCAGCCCGGUCUGCUCCCAGCAGCCCAAGGAUCUCUCGGAGCACAGGCAGCUGGAUGAGACUUUCAAACUGACAAGAUCUCAGCAGAGCUGGGCCUGGGGCUCUUUCCUUCAGCCAGUAGUG